AGAUGUAACUCUCAACAUAUCCGGUCAAAACUUCAUUCAAACUCUUCAUCACUUAUUCGACUUUGUAGUGUGUUCUUCACGUAGCUAAUGAAGAAAAAUACUUUUACAACACUUGCAGCGGCAACUGACAACAACAACACCAAUUUUACAAGUCGAUACACCAAAUGGAAACGAUCAAAAUUUCUUUGACACAACCAUUUACUACAAAGCUUAGGAAUUCCCUUCAACUUAGUUCCCUGUUAUCCGCCUUCACAAAAUACACAAGUAUCAAGUUGAGUAUCAAAAUACAAAAUAUCAUCAUAGAAUUCACUAAGAUAAAAGAUAACAAUUUUUAACAACUUUUUCUUGUCAAAUUCAACAAAUGCGUUAUCCAGAUUUAAACAAGACACACAACAUCAAAUUCACUGUUCACCUCAUCAAAAACUAUUGCCAUUGCAUAUCCCCAUUCCACCACUCUAAUUCUUAAACUUUGAAUCCACGUUCCUAUCUUUUAACUAGCUUCUUAAACUUUGUGAAUUGCAACUGCUAAUUACUCAAUUUUGAGAGGAAGUUCGGAAUAAUUAGGGAUUGGGAUUGGCCCAGGGGAAUAGGCGCAGUAGCAUUUUAAUUUAUGUAUAUGAAUUCUACUAUAGUAUAGAUAAAAUAAUGUAAAUGAUCACUAUAAAGCAAGAGUUGGUUAAUGGUACAGGGGUUGAGGCGUGUACUAAUGCAGGGUAGGUCACGAAUUUGAUUUUAAUCUUUGCAUAUAUUAUACCUGCAUUAUUGCAUAUAUUUUGUGUCGGCUUCUCCUCCCAAGGUGGUGCAGCCCACCUCCCUAGGUCAGUUGUGCCUCCGCCCCUGCACACCACCAGGCGCCAUCAUGGAAUAAAUCGCUCCCAGCUAGAGGUGGGCAUUCGGUCACCGAACCAAAAUUAUGAAUACCGGGUCCCCGAAUUCUCUCAAACCUCAAACCGAAUUAUAAUUUGGUAUGGUCGGUUUAAACAGAAUUAUAAUUCGGUUAAGUUUUUAACACAAAAUCAAAUUUAUGAGGCUACUUGUAUCUUCUCACUUUUAAAUUAUUUUUCACCCCUAAUAUAAACAAUAAAUAUGCAAUUAUAUGAAUCAUCAAUGAUAAAAUCAAACAUUUCAACACAUAAGUCAUAAAAUAUUUCAAAUAUUUAAGUAUAAAAACAAUUACAAACAUAAAAAUCCACCAUUUGGAGGUUGCAAUGAUAAUAUUUCGGUUUUUCGGUCGAAAAUUCAAAAUUUCGGUUCGAUUGAAAGAACCCAGGUUUCCGAAAUAUCUAUAUUUUCCUUCCGAAUUCCGAACCAAUAACAUUAUUUCGGUUUCUUUCAGUUUAAUUCAGUUUCGAUUUCGGAUCGGAUUUACCGAACGGUUUGUCCACCCUACUCCCAGCAAUCUUCCAACACAAGAAACAAUAACACAGUCGCGAUCUGACCGGCGACCAACGUCAUUACAUACGUACCCACCCUAUAACAACACCCCACGUGGCGUCAAAUUUUUUCCACUCCCCCGUUUCCUUUUCGUUUCCUCGAACAAGGAAAGCCACGAAUCUCGCUCCUAGCUGGACCCCACCCCCGCGCCACCGCCAGCUCUAUUUAAGCAAACCUCCCGUCUCCAUUUUCCAACUAGAAAAGAGAAAAAUCUCUCCACCCCGUUUCCUCGCGGAACGGACCCUAAAAAUCCUUUUCUCUCUCUACAUCUCUAAUUUCCCGACCAUUCUCUCUCUCCCUUCACCGGAAAACAUCAAUCCGAUCGCCUGAGAGAAAAAAAAAUAAUAAUGUGCCCGUCAGGCAGGACUCUCGUGGCGGCGACGCCGGAAUUGAAAUCGGCGUUCGACGUUCUGGACGCCGACCGGGACGGCAAGAUCGGCAGCGACGACCUCCGCCGGUUCUACGCCGGAUUCUCGAACGCCGGCGAGGAAGAGGAAAUGAUCAUAGGGACGAUGAUAUCCGUGGCCGAUUCCAACAAGGACGGGUUCGUGGAGUUCGAGGAAUUCGAGCGGGUCGUCGGAGGGAAUGAUUGCAAGGACAAGAAUUCGUCGGCCGCCGGGGGAGUGAUGGCGGAGGUGUUCAAGGCGAUGGACAAGGACGGGGACGGGAAGUUGAGCCACGGCGAUUUGAAGAGUUACAUGCACUCCGCUGGGUUUGAAGCCAGCGACGACGACAUUAGGGCGAUGAUCAGGCUCGCCGGCGGGGGAGAGGAGAACGACGCCGUUUCGUAUGAGGAUCUGCUUAGGAUUCUGAAUGUCAAUUCCUCCUCCCCCCACUGGGGGCGAAAGUCUGACGGAACAAUGCCACGUGAAAGUAGAAGGUCUAUAGAUCGUGAACUUCUCUUUAACUUACCCCAUCUAUCUGAAUGAUGGAUCUCAGGAGGAAGAAUUACAAAAGUUAGCAAUAUUUGUGGUAAUGGAAUCAUAAUAAAAUUAUUGUAAAAUCAUGUAAUUUGAGGAAAAAAUCCAAAAGUACCACUGUUUAAAAAAAAAAUUCCAAAAAUACCACCCAAUCUCAAAAAAUUCCAAAAAUACCACCCUUUUUCAAUAACCGCCACCCCAUCCUGCGGUUUACACAAAAACCGUUUGUCGGGGGCGCGGUUUUCUAUGCAAACUGCGGGCCUAGGGGGCGGUUAAAAAAAAAAAAAAAUUGGACCAAACCGCUGGGUGGGGUGGCGGUUUUGACCCAAAACCGCCACCCCACCCAGCGGUUUGGUCCAAUUUUUUUUUUUUUUUUUCGAUCAACUCCUAAUUUCGGCCGAAACUUCAAACGAACGUAACUUUGCACUCGGGUAUCCAAUCGUAGCGAUUUUUUUUUUCAUUGAGCAUAACUUUUCAUGAUCUACAACUUUUAGAAGGAUGAAAUUUUCAGAAAAGGAACUAUUUGUUGAUAUACGGGACCUUGAGAAUAACUUUACCUUUACUUUUCACAAAUCCAUGUACAGUUUGAAAUUAUGAUUAUAUUAAAAGUUGUAGAUCUUGAAAAGUUAUGCGGAAUCAAAAAAAAAUUCAUAUCAUUCGGAUUUUGGAGCACAAAGCUAUGACCGUCCAAAGUUUGACGAAAUGCGAGACCCGGCGGUAUGCGGCUUGCAAGAUCUCAAAAAGUUUGCGGCCUCCAUUUUUUGAAUCCGAAUAAAUUUUUGAGAUCUUGCAAGCUGCAACCUGCCGGUUCCCGCCUUCGUCUCGAAAAAACGUCAUUUGCCACCCCGAACGAGCCUUUUUUUGAUUUCGUCAAACUUUGGGCGGCCAUAACUUUGUGCUCCAAAAUCCAAAUGUCAUGAAUUUUUUUUUUAUUCCAUAUAACUUUUCAAGAUCUACAACUUUUAAUAUAAUCAUAAUUUCAAAAUCUACAUGGAUUUGUGAAAAGUAAAGGUAAAGUUAUUCCCAAGGACCCGUAUAUCCACAAAUAGUUCCUGUUUUGAAAUUUUCAUCCUACUAAAAGUUGUAGAUCUUGAAAAGUUAUGCGAAAUGAAAAAAAAGAUCGCUACGAUUGGAUACCCGAGUGCAAAGUUACGUUCGUUUGAAGUUUCGGCCGAAAUUAGGAGUUGAUCGAAAAAAAAAAAAAUUUGGACCAAACCGCUGGGUGGGGUGGCGGUUUUGGGUCAAACCGCCACCCCACCCAGCGGUUUGGCCCAAAAUUUUUUUUUUUAUAACCGCCCCCUAGGCCCGCGGUUUGCAUAGAAAACCGCGCCCCCGACAAACGGUUUUCGUGUAAACCGCAGGAUGGGGUGGCGGUCUUUGAAAAGGGUGGUAUUUUUGGAAUUUUUUGGGAUUGGGUGGUAUUUUUGGAAUUUUUUUUUUAAACAGUGGUACUUUUGGAUUUUUUCCGUAAUUUGAUGGAUAUAAGUUUUUUUUUAAUUAGAUGUUUCUUAAUAGAUUCGAAAUCCGAGACUUUCAGCUUCGUCAAUAUUUAUAAUUUGAAAAAUCUGGGAAACAUGUGAUGGGAAAACACUAGUAAGACUACCUAAAACGAGUUAGUGGUUAUACAACCAACUGUAGUAAUGCAUUUCCAUAAAGGUUGACCUAAAAUAAUCAUGCUGACCACACUAUACGCAAACUAGACAAAUGUUAACCUCUAAAACGCAGUAUUUUAUUGAUGUAAGAGAAGAUAGAAAGGAGGACAAUCCAAGAGUGAUAGAUCAACUUGUUGCGUACUAUGGUUUGUUCUAUAUAAUAAGAUGUUGAACUUUUACCCUAACUUGAGCAAACAUGGCGACGAGAAACAAGGUCAUGGCAGGUCGUGGGGUUCAUAGCAAAGACAUGAGUAAGAGGUGUUCAAGUUUUUUAAAAAUGAUCUCACCUGCUAUUUUAUUGGCUUAUGGUGAUCUUGGUUCUCGAGAAAUGAUUUUGAUUAUCCAUACCAGCUCCAAUUUCUUAUAUUCCGAAGGCGCUUCCUUCUGAGGUUGUAACAUAGGAAUGCCACUAGACGGUCGAGGAGACAGAUCGCGAGUUUGUGCGUGAAUCUAACCACGAUAGGACGAGAUAUAAGCCCCGCCGCCAAAAAGGUGCGAUCCACGCACAAACUAGAGAUAUGUCCCAUCUCUUUAUAAAGUUGUUGGCUCGGUUAGAAAGAGUGAUAUUUGUAAGUUUAGGGAUGGAUCGCAUUUGGGAGGCAAGAAGGGUUUGUUGUUGGAGAGAUAGGGAGCCUGUUGGGGCAAUGUUAUAUUUAUAUAUACAUAUACGCUUUAAACGAACAUUAGUCCCAAAAAUAUUGAGAUUUCGUCAAUUUUGGAAUGGGAUCGUACUUCGGUAAUACCGUGUCCAUAUGUACGUCUCUGCAUAACUGGAUGAGUGGCUGCUCACGACCCAUGUGAAAUUAAACUACUUAUGCUUGCAUUCGGCGGCAUUUUCUUCCACAGUCCAGCUUUUGGUAACUCGGGGGAACGUCGUUGAUUCGUCUGUAAAUAUUUGGAAGCAUUCUUGCAACUCCCAGUCCACACCAGUCCAUAGAUAAUGAAUGCUAUUUUUGGCUGCCGACUAGCUAGGGUUCCUUCAUGGAUACUAUCGGUGGGUUUUCUUCGGUUCAUCUUCACACAUCUAUGUUGUUUUUGUUUUUAUACUGAGGGUGAUCCAAUGAAUUAUGGAAGUACGAUAUUUAGAAACGAUCCAGUUUUUUUUAAGGUAUAGUAAAAUAAAAAUGGUUAUGAUCGGUAUUUAUAAACACUUUGAAAUAAAAUGAUUUAUUGGACUCUUCAACUUUUGUAUUCUCCGAUAAAUGAUUUUCAAUCGUUGUUGUCGCUAAUACACGUGAAUACUUUCAUAUGUCAUUUUAGAACAUAAAUAAGAUUAUAAUAGUGAAUAUAUAUGUCUCGUGUAUAUACAUGAGAAUAUUGAUCAAUGACUAGAACUAGUAUUUAUUAACCGCUUUAUAUUUAUCAACAUGUUCAUAAUCAAUUAAUCAUACACCACAAGUUCAUUAUAUAAUACGAGAUUGGAUCAAUACUCCUAAUUAACUGACAAAUUUACA